AUGCUUGAUUUAAUGAAGAAGUUCAUCGGGGGACAGGAGCUCAUAAGAAUUGGAAUAACAAAGUCUGUUUCCAGCUUUCUAUCGUUGCAAUCAAUUUUGAAACAGAGAUCAAGACUGAAGCAUAUGUUCAAUAGUCCUGAAUAUUCAACAGACUCCUAUUCAAAUAAACCGCAGAGCAUUUCUUGCAUCGCCAUUGUCGAGGACGAUGACUUUUGGAGAGCAAUUGAAGAAUGUGUGGCAAUAUCUGAGCCUUUCUUGAAGGUGUUGAGGGAAGUAUCUGGAGGGAAACCUGCUGUCGGUUCUAUAUAUGAACUAAUGACCAGAGCCAAGGAAUCGAUUAGGACAUACUAUAUAAUGGAUGAGAGUAAGUCGAAGACAUUUUUGGACAUAGUUGACAGACAAUGGAGGGACCAACUUCAUUCACCUUUACAUUCUGCAGGGGCAUUUUUAAAUCCUAGUACCCAAUAUAAUCCGGAAGUAAAAUUUCUGGGAUCUAUAAAAGAAGACUUCUUCAAAGUUCUAGAGAAACUACUUCCCAUACCCGAGUUAAGACGUGACAUCACCAAUCGAAUUUUCACUUUUACCAGAGAAAAGGGGCUGUUUGCUUGUAAUCUUGCAAUGGAGGCACGAGAUACAGUUUCUCCUGGGCUCUGGUGGGAGCAGAGGCAUUGGAGCACAUUCCAACAGAUUCACACGGAGAGAAGGAAUAAGAUCGACAAGGAAACAUUUGUUGUGUUUAUUAACUACAACCUUAAGUUAGCAAGGCAGAUGAAAACAAUGUCCAUGGAUUCCGACCCCAUUCAGUUUGACGAUAUUGAUAUGACCUCAGAGUGGGUAGGGGAAAGUGAAAACCCUAGCCCGACGCAGUGGCUUGAUCGGUUACGUUCUGCUCUGGAUGGGGGCGACUUGAACACCAGACAGUCCGGUGCUGCCAUGUUCGGAAAUGACCCUAUCUUCGGCCUGUGA